AUGAUGAUGCACGGGACAGGUACAGAAAGCCGGGCGGUGACAAGCUCUGCGAAAGCAGUGAUCACCACUCUUCUGCAGUCACACCACGAUGUAAUAAUUUCUAAGCCGGGUCGACACCACAUCAUCCUUCUGCUUAUUUCUGCUUUCGCUCGCUGGUACGCACAGAACUGUGUCAUGAGAGCAAAUCCCAGAUCAGGCAACAGCGUGGCAUGA